AUGUCAGGAACGGCCAUAGGGUCUUCAUCGCAACAUGCGUCUCACUUGCGUCCGUCAGCGGGUAUGGGAUCAUCUAGUCGAUCCGGAGGACGGCGACCACCCGACGAUCCUCAUGUUGGGAAGUAUAAACUGCUCAAAACUAUUGGCAAAGGAAAUUUCGCCAAGGUAAAACUAGCCAAACAUACAAUUACGGGUCAAGAAGUUGCUAUCAAAAUUAUCGACAAAACAGCGUUGAAUCCUAGCAGCUUACAAAAAGUGAGUCAUCUUUUCUCUUUUUUCUUUACUAAAUUUGAGACUAUCAAAGUGAAGAGCUACAUUUUUUUAUCAUUUGAGAAAUAGUG